AUGUCUCGCUUAUACGUUUCUCGACUAAAUAAUUUUCGAUUAAAUAAUUCAUUGGUUAAACAACAAUUUUCAGUUCGUAAUAAGAAUAAAUGCUUAAAUGACACAUUCCCCUACUUAAAUCUCACUCGUAGAUAUAUUUCAUUAAAAUCCAUAUUCCCUCGUCAAAAAUCAACACCUUCGACGUUAAAUACGAAACCAAUCCUCUCACAAGAUGAUCUAUUUCAUCCUUUAUCAACUUCAAGAUUCGAAGAUCUUCGACAACGAUACAAACAAAUAUGCGUAUUCGGCUCAUGUCCGGUAUGUUCAUCUCAAGAAAGUGAAAUAAAAAAUCAACCAAAGUAUGAAUGUCCAGAUUGUGGAUUUCCAACGCAUUGUUCAUUAGAACAUUACCUUCAAGAUAAAGAGCAGCAUAAAGAUUCUGAAACAUGUUCAAUGUUGAGACAAAUUAAUGAAGAUGAACACGAUUUAAGAAGCGGUAGAAGAAUGAUUGAAUUUGAAUUUCCAUCGUCGCAACCACUUGAUGAACAAGUGAACAUGUCAAAUUGGGACACAUUUUUAUAUACACGUGGAUUUCCAAGUAUGGAUAAUAAUCGAUCCGUUAGACACGUAUCCAAAUUACUGACAUAUCCAAUAACGAUAUCAUCAGUAUUGCAUGAAUAUGGACCUUAUACAACAAAUAAUCGGUUAACAAACGAAGGGUUAAAAUCUUUAUUCGCUUUAAGAUCAACGUUAUACCCUAAAAUCACCUCUCAUGAUAUUAAAGUUCAGAAACCAACAGAUGUGAUUCGUAUUUUCAUAUUAGGACCACGAGCGGAAUCUCAGUUGCCUCCUCACAUUUAUUCCCAAUUAUCAUAUUUAUUCCCUUCCAUUUAUUUUCACAUCUAUUUCAUUGGCCCCGAAUCACUUCCCGGAGACCUUCACAAUAACGACAAGUCUUCACCCCACGUGGUAAAACAUACGAAUUAUACACCGCAACUUUCCUUCACUUGGUCAAAAUCAUAUUAUCACAAUUAUCACGCGUCGCUAGCACCAUUUGAUCCAUACACGGAUGUAUUCUUUCUCUUCUCUCCAGGGAUUUCACAAAUAAACUCUUGGCAUGAAUCAUUACUUAAAUUAUUACAAACCAAAUGUGCUAUAUUUAUUACCGGAUUUGAUCAAAAUGAUUUACAUAGUGAAGUUAGCGCUAUAGAAGAAAAAGGAGAACAAGGCGAAUAUGAAUAUGAUUGGUUAUUAAGACCUGGUGAGAAUGUAUUUAGAAGUAUGAAAAGAGAUAUCGACUUGAAAGAUGUUAGGGUUGGUGUUUGGACAAAUUGGGGCAUUUUUGGAAUUCGAGGAAAGAAAUAUGAUGUUAUACUUGAAGAUGAAGAAGAAUCAUCAUCGGAUCAUGACGAAUCCUUAACCAGGUCCAACCUAUGA